AAGCAGAUCAAACAACUGAGAAUGAGGAAGAAGAGACGCAGAAGGAGGGACUGAAAGAGGGGAACAAGGACAGAGAAAACCAGGUAGACUCUCAGGAUUGCAGAGACGACGAAGAGCAGCAGAAUUCUGCUGGCUCACGUUCUACCUCCGAAUCAGAGCUUGAGGGUCUUGAGGAGGCAGACACUCAGGACUCAAAUGUCCAACGGGAGGAGAGACCAGUCUGGGUCGAACAGUUUGUUGUGGAGGCAGAUAAAAGGUCAGAGGAACAAGACAACAGUUUGGAGGAGGAGGAGGAAGCUGAUGCAGUUGAUGGCAGUAGCCAAGCUUGGGAGAAACAGAUGUUGGAACAUAGUGAUGAAGGAUAUGGGGAUGAUGAUGAUGCAGAAAACACUAACUCCCGCUGUAGCACCGAAGCGACUGAUGAAGACAUUAUCGAGGAGCUGGACACCAAGGAUACAGGAGAUGCCCAGCUGGAUAAUACCCACGUCCCCUGGAUACGACUGGACAGAGAGGUCUACUUCUAUGCUGGGCACAAAAUCAACAUCGUCGAGGCAAUGGACUCCCAUGGCGGAGUGAUAUGGCCAGCAGCAUUGGCUCUAUGUAACUACCUGGAGACCAAUACUGAUGUGAUAGAUCUGAAAGGAAAGCAGGUUUUGGAACUGGGAUCAGGGACAGGAUUAGUGUCUAUCGUCGCCAGUCUACUGGGUGCCCAGGUGACGGCCACCGACCUCCCAGACGUCCUUAGCAAUCUGAGAUACAACUUGCUCCGAAACACCAGAGGGCGCUCUAAAUAUACACCUGAGGUGACAGCUCUGUCCUGGGGUUCUGAGGUGGAACGCACUUACCCACGAUCCGUGUAUCGCUAUGACUACGUGCUGGCGGCUGACGUGGUGUAUCACCACGACUUAGAGGAGCUGUUGGUUACCAUGAAAUACUUCUGUCGUCCAGGAAACACUCUGAUCUGGGCCAACAAGGUCCGCCUCAAGACAAACCUGGUAUUCACUGAAGACUUCAAGAACACAUUCAACACCACCCUGCUGGCUGAGAUGGGAGAGGUUAAGAUCUUCAAGGCCACGUGUAAAAGGUAGGAAUUAUGGAAAGAAGGAUGAGGAACUACUGUCGACAUCCUGCCGACUGUAACCAAGACUCUUUUCUUCUUCCUCUGAGAAAUGCUUGAAGACAGAAGGCGGCCAUCUUGGCUAAUGAUAAUGGACGUUGAUGGACUACUGAUGUUGUUGUUGAUGUUUGUUCUACUUUCAAAUUAUCUACUAUAUAUAGUGCUUUAUUGUUUACUUUGUUUUUACACACGUACUUAGAUAGUUGAUAUUAAUAUUAAAAUGUAUGCACUU